AUGGUUAAAAGUGCCAAGGAAAGCAUAGAUCUUAAAGCUAGCAAUUCUGAAAUUUAUGGAAAGAUGCAAGCAGUAUUUAUAGAAAUGGAUAAGUGUUCAGAUAAACAUUUAGUGGACAAAGAACUAGAGGAUUUGAAAGAGGUUGUCUUAAACGGGGAAGAUAAAGGACAUGACAAAAAGAGUAAGUUUGAUCCUGAAAAACACAUUGAAGCAUAUUUGCCCGUAAGAGUAAAGGAGCAGAGAGUGAGCAAUCUCUUACAAUCAAUCUUUGUUGGAGCAUCAGUCUUUGGCAUGCCUGUCAUAAAAAAGAUACCAACUUCAGUUCUGUGGGGAUAUUUUGCGUACAUGGCCAUUGAUAGUCUUCCAGGAAAUCAAUUUUGGGAAAGGAUCUUACUCCUUUUUGUAACACCCAGUAGGUGGCACAAGUUGUUGGAGGGGGAUCAUGCUUCCUAUGUCGAGUCAGUACCUUACAGAUACAUAGUAUUGUUCACAGUCUUCCAAUGUGUGUAUUUCUUGGUUUGCUUUGGAGUGACAUGGAUUCCCAUAGCUGGAAUACUGUUCCCCUUGCCUUUCUUUUUACUGAUAACAUUGAGGCAGCAUAUACUCCCCAAGCUGUUCAAGCCUCAACAUCUUAGGGAACUGGAUGCAGCUGAAUACGAAGAAAUAAUUGCUGCUCCAGGACAAACUUUCAAUAGGUCUUUCAGGGAGGUAGAAUCACCCAGAGUUGGAUCAGUGGAAAUAGUUGAUGCUGAAAUAUUAGAUGAGUUAACCACAAAUAGAGGGGAGUGGAAGAUUAGACAUGUCAGCUCCAUUGAGGAAAGAAAUCGCCAGAUGUCCCCUGAUGAAACCGGAUCUCCAGACCCAACUUGUUAG